CCUUUAAAGCAGCCUCUGCUAUCUCCGCCAAAUCAUCCCUAAAAGCCCUGCACUCCCUCACACGCCUCUGAAAGAGGGGGUCCACGGCUGGCUUCUCCCCUGCGCCCUUUGGCUAAGCGCUGCUUGGAUGAAUGGGUUCUGCAAUGCCCUCUCGGCCGACAGCCGCCUUCUUGGCUCUGUUAGAGACAUAAUAAUAAUAAGGAGAACAAAGGAGUGGCGUAUGUUGAAAUAUGCAUUACCUGGCUCCAAGAGCCCCUUCAUAAGGUCUUGAAAGCCUUGCGGCAACUCCUCAAAACCGAAAUCAGUCCACAAAUUCCCAUCGAUGAUUUGGUAGAGUGACAGGUCAUCAAUUCCUGAAUUGCCUGCACCAGACAGACAACUGCUUUUUCCGGUGUCUCGCGCAGUGAUUGUCCGACCAUAGAAGGGCGGGAAUCUGCAGACCAGCUCGAACAACACGACACCUGUAUGUAAGGACAUGAAUGCGGCCAAGCUGUGCUAAAAAGGAAUGUCGUCUUACCCAGGCUCCACAUGUCGGCCUUCCUGCCGUAGCUGCCCUUCCACACCUCCGGUGGCUGGCACUUCGCAACUCCAUGGCCUUCAUACUUAGGCUGCCUGCAAAGUUUACACGAACCGACACACACAGCAUCAUCGAGCAAAAUGUCCGCUGUCCUACCUCUCCCUUGAAUGAAACUGAGGGUCCGGAUUCCUCUGUUGUUACACUGGGUCUUGCGAGCGAGGCCAAAGUCAGUCAGCACGACUCUCCCGUCGUCAGCCAUAAGAAAGUUGCCCAGCUUGAUGUCUCUGGAUCGACACACACACACACACACAGAGUAGGAGGGAGAGAGAGAGAGGCACGGCAAGUACCAUACGUCCACUUGCCCCCAAUCCUUACCGGUGAGCGAUUUCCAAGCCGUGGAUGUGCUCUAAGGCCAAUACCAUGUCGGCUGUCACCUCCCCGAGCCUCUCUAUGGUCCAGUCCUCUGCCGUCGAUCCAUCCAGCUGUUUGUGGUGGUCCAUCACUGGACAACAAAGAGAAUGACGUGAAAACACAGAAUGAGAGAUGAAAGUCGCAUUCCAAUCGAUGUGCAGCAAAGUAGCUGUCUUUGUACCGAUGUAACAUGACGAGCUGUCCCUGUACACAUCGCGAGUCUCGAAGAUGUUCGGGUGGCCAUCGAUGUCAAUGUCUUUCCCGCCGUGGCCGUACUGUGCCAGCUGCAGCAGCCUCAGGUGUCACCGCCGAGACGAUGUGCCGGCGGCCUUUGACGAACCUGCAUGGAGAGAAAAGUGGGAAAGCACACGUGUGUGUGGUGGAGCAUUCGCUGACCACCUCUCCCUGUUCUUUGCAGCGUUCGUCGAUUUUGAUGAUCCUCACAACCUGUAAACGCAACCCACACGCAGACGCACACACAGCUACGUCGAGAAAGCAUGUCUGUUUUUGCAUCUCUUCAUUGCCCUCCUACCGUCUUGGUCAUCCCCCCAUGGCUCGGGGCCGUCGGUGUGGCCUCGUAGACUCUUGAGAAGCCGCCUUCGGCCAGCUUCUUGCCGAG